UAAUAAUGUGUUUCAUUCUAGCUGAGGUUAAUACGUGAGGUACAACCGGAAAAAUCUAACAGUGUCUUGAAAGGGGAUUCAUGUAUGUGCAUUCAAGGUCAUAUUUUAUCAGAUUUGUGUGUGAUGUUUACAGAAAUUUAAUUCUUCAUGGGCGCAGCCAUAUUUGUUUAUUUUACCCUUUAUCUUGAACGCUUUUCAAAUAUUUUUUGAAUUAAAGCGAAUUUUUAAGAUUGAUUUGUUUAAAUCGAUUUAGACUCCCUUAACCUUGUGUUUCCUAACAAAAUAAAUUUGAAUUUGAAUAUAAAACUUGCAAAUAUUGAGAUAUUUCUUAAAAAUUAUUUUGCCGUACCUCUGUGAUCACUGGUAAAUUUAAGAUUCGUGCGCAAAAUUCUCUUUCCGGUUAAAAUUUCUAUUUCUCACAGUUUUGCAACUUUAAAGAUCUAUUUGAAAAAUUGAAAAUCAUCAUGGCGCGUGGCCAACAAAAGAUCCAAUCACAACAGAAAAAUGCUGAAAAAUUAGCAAAAUCGAAAAAAGGAACGAGUCAAAAAAAAGCUGCUCAAAAUGCUUUGGUUCAUACAUGUACAGUUUGUAAGUCUCAAAUGCCAGAUCCCAAGACAUACAAACAACAUUUUGAAAGUAAACAUCCUAAAAAUGAUCUUCCAGAUUGCUUAAAGGAAGUGUGACAGAUAAAGAAAAUAUGUGAUGACAAUGUAAAAAGAAUUUGUAUUUUUGUGUUAAUAUCUCAGUAUCUGGACAGACUAAUUCAGGUUUCUAAGGAAGUGACAUCAUCAUUGACACUAUUGUUCCAUUUUUAUUGGUUUUCAACGUUAACAAAUUACACCCAUUUUUUCUCCAUUUCCUGUCUAAUUACUUAUUCUAGUUGACAUCAUUUAAAUUGAUGUAUAAUUUUGGAAUUAAACGUUAUUUCAUUUAUAUCGUGUGAUUUUUUGCGAUGUUGGAUUUCAAUUUAUCAUUUAUUAGUCUUCACAUAGUCUGGAACGGCCAAUCAUAUGACUGAUUUAGUGAUACAUGGAUUCAGGCUACACUUAUAUACAUAUUUGCUAUAUAUUAAAAGGAUUGUAAAGAGGUUUUUUAGUCUUUGUAUUGAGUAUACUUUGUAGAUUCCAUUUAAAGAGACUGUUCCACCAUUUUGGGGGGGUCGAAUUUAAUCUUGAAUAUAUGUAAAUAGUCUUCAGAAGUACUAGAAAUGUACGAAAAUCGUAUAAUUCCUUUAAAAAUACUUCAAACUAGGAAUUUUACUCAUUAUUUCUAUAUAUGUUUUUUCUAUAUAUCACAGAAUAUCUUAAAAUUGGCGAGUGGUCAAAAAAAUUUGCAUGUGUCCCUUUAAACCAAUCUGCAUUUCAUUUUAAAUUCAGUCUAAGAUCAGUCAUUAAUGCCCCCAUUUUGGGAUCCAUAGUUGUCAAACAGGAUAUUAGAAUGAUGUAAAUAGAAGCUAUAAGUCUCCCUUAUACUCGAACAAAGACCAGAAAAACCUCUUUAAAAUCCCUUUAAAGCUGAAAUGAACUAUAUGUGAUAUUAUUUUUAAGAAUUUUUAACAUAACAGAUGUUAAAUUCACACUAGCAUAUAAUAUAUCAUAGAAAGCUAACAAAUAGAUAUAGUUCAUCCAAUUAAAAAUAAUAUAAUGUUAUAUUUAAUAACAAAGAGAAAGAACUUUCCAUCAGAACACCCUUAGUUCAUUGCCUCGAGUCUUUCCUUGACGGACAAGAGCUUGAUACACAUGAUACCACAGUGAAACCAUUAAACUAAAAUGUAAUAUUUACUUUGAACAAUCACUCUUCUAUAAACUAGUUACAUAAUUGGUGGUUUUUUUUUUGAUAAACUGUAAUUUGUCACAUGACAAUAUGGUAAACAGGUGAAACAAAUCAAAGCAAUCUUAGAUUUUUGGCAAAUAAAAAAACCAAUCUUUUAAAUCAAUGAAGUUUGUAUUAAAAGAAAUAAUUAUAAUGAAUUUAACUUUUGUCUCAAUAGCAUUACUAAGUAAUUUAUGUAAAAUAUAUGCCAGAAUACACAAAAUCAAUUUCAAUUCUUAACUGUUAUAUGGGGGUUGGCGAUAGAAUUGCUCUGACCCCCCAUGAAACUAUUGGAAUC